AUGGCCUCGGAUUCGCAAAGAUGCGGGCCGCGAGUGAAGCCCGUGCGUGAGUCGUGCGUGCCGGUCGAAGAUGUGGAUGUGAUCGGCGAGACGCUGCUUCGAGCUCGGCCCGUCGUUCUGAGGGGCUACGCGAGCGGAUGGAAAGCUCGAAAGUGGGACUUGGAGCAGGUAGCAGCUGGAUCUCCUGAAGCGCAUGUGGAGCUGCAGGUGAGCCGGGUGGGCCAGACCCAAUUCCAUGGCUUCGGGGGAACUCUGCAAAGGGAGCCCUUACCAAGGCUGCCGGAGGCAGCUGCUGAGGCGAUCCAGGAGAAUCGAUCGUUGUAUUUGGUGCAGUGUCCGCUCUGGGCUCGAAGUGGGGAAUGCCCGGCGCGUCACCUGAUGAAGGACGUGGUCCUGGGGCCCUUCGAAGGUGGCGUGCUUUCCCGGAGGUUGGAGUCUGUGAACCUUUGGAUGUCUCUGGGUGAGACCCACUCAAACCUACACUACGACUCCAAGCACGGCCUUCUGGUGCUGCUGCGUGGGAGGAAGCUGGUGGAGUUGUUUCCGCCUGCUGCGGCCAGGACGGUUGGUGCCUACCCGGUCCACGACCCUCUCCGAUCUCACCAUUCAAGGGCUCCGCACUGUUGCUUGGCAGCGCGCUUCGAAAAAUCCUUUUGCAAAGCCCAUGCAGAUUCCACUUUGAGAGCUGCACGAGGUUUUCAAGCAGACCUUCAAGAGGGAGAUGCCCUAAUGAUUCCGGAAGGAUGGUGGCACCACGUGAAGACGCUGGGUCGGGCGAACAGCGAACAGGCGAAUCAAACACAGCCUCAGCUCGCCCUGGCUGUGAACGUUUGGUGGCGGGGUUAUCCAAGAGAGCCCAAGGCUGCACGACCUUAUGUUUUGCGUCGCCUUCUUGGCGAGAUGUUAGCUCGCAGAACGGCCUCGCAUUUCCUUCGGCAGAAGCUCCGCAAGCCCCGCAAGGCCCCGAAGGUCAGCAAAAGCGGUACGAGCUGCCUCAAGAGCAGCAGACCUCAGAGCACCGGCAAUGUGAGCAUUUUGGAAGAGCUUUCUACAGCUGCCCAAUCCGAGCCGCCCCACCGAGAGUGGCUGCUGGCACUGCGCACCUUUGGACCUGUGCUCCCACAUUGCUUAGCAGUGGCGGCUGCAUCCGAAGAUGUUCAGCAGCAGGAGGCGGUGCACCAGCUCUUU